UUGGACUUUUCGGACUCGGACGCUCGCUUCUCAUGGGAAUAAGAAGCUUUAUUUUGUAGCACGAUCAGAAAAAAAUACUUGAAUUACCCAUAGCGAAUUCAUUAUUUUUUAAUAAUUAAUCCCGGAAGUACGAAUGCUGACGGUAUCAUUCAAUUCUUCACAAGUUUCACGAAACUGCGUUAAGCUAGCAAUAUCCUUAGUUGUCUGUCAGGCUCCAUGCUGGAAGGAGACUCGGAAGACUAAACUGUGGAAAUAUGGCUUUUAAAAGGCGUUAACACAAUAAGGUUCAGCGUGCUGUCAUUAAUGUCUUGUUGAUACCAAUGGAAAGCUCAGUGAUUGGUCUUCGUCUAUCCUUGAAGCAACGAUAUUUUCUUCUACUUUGCGUCGCUGCCGCUGGAAUAAUUAUGUAUCGCUUUACAAGGAACCACCCUGAAACAAGAAGAAUGAACCGUGUGGAGGGCCUGAGAGCCAACUCUUCUCAGUUCACUCUGGAGAGAAAACCUUUCCUCAUCUUGGGAGGCUCCAUUCAUUACUUCCGUGUCCCAAGAGCUUACUGGAAGGACCGGCUGCUGAAGAUGAAGGCCUGUGGCCUCAAUACUCUGACUACAUAUGUUCCUUGGAACCUGCACGAGCCAGAGCGGGGGGUCUUCAAGUUUGAGGAUCAGCUAGAUUUAGAAGCCUACCUACGUCUUGCAGCCAGCUUGGGCCUCUGGGUGAUUCUGCGACCAGGGCCUUACAUCUGUGCUGAGUGGGACUUAGGGGGACUACCCAGCUGGCUGCUAAGGGAUCCCCAGAUGAAACUGAGAACAACCUACUCUGGAUUCACCGAUGCAGCCAACUCCUUUUUUGAUGAGGUCAUAAAGAAAGUCGUCCCACAUCAGUACUCCAAGGGUGGCCCGAUUAUAGCAGUUCAAGUGGAGAAUGAAUAUGGCUCCUAUGCUACAGAUGAAAAUUACAUGCCCUUCAUCAAGGAGGCGCUAUUGUCAAGGGGUAUCACAGAGCUGCUGCUGACCUCAGACAACAAGGACGGGCUGAAGCUUGGAGGAGUGAAAGGAGCUUUGGAAACCAUCAAUUUUCAAAAACUGGACCCAGAUGAAAUCAAGUAUCUGGAACAAAUACAACCUCAGAAACCUAAAAUGGUGAUGGAGUACUGGUCUGGCUGGUUUGAUCUCUGGGGCGGGCUCCAUCAUGUUUACACUGCUGAAGAAAUGAUACCUGUGGUGACCGAAAUCCUUAAGCUGGACAUGUCCAUCAACCUUUACAUGUUCCACGGGGGGACAAAUUUUGGCUUCAUGAGUGGGGCCUUUGCUGUUGGACUACCGGCACCUAAACCCAUGGUAACAAGCUACGAUUACGAUGCUCCAUUAUCCGAGGCUGGGGAUUACACCAACAAGUACCAUCUUCUGAGGAAUUUAUUCAGCCACUACCACACUCAGCCUCUCCCUGAACUGCCCCCUGUUCAUGAGCGGAGAGCAUACCAGCCCGCUGUCAUCCAGCAGCACAUCUCUCUGUGGGACAGUCUGCACUUCACUGACAAGCCUUUCAAGUCGGAGAGGCCGGUGAACAUGGAGAAUCUCCCCGUGAACAAUAACAAUGGUCAGUCAUAUGGCUACACGCUCUAUGAGACCACCAUCACCAGUGGCGGAGCUCUCAAGUCGCAGAACAAUGUCAGAGACAGAGCUCUGGUUUUUGUGGAUAAACAUUUUGUAGGUGUUUUGGACUAUACGGUGCAAGAACUUGCUGUACCUGAUGGGAAGGGGAAAAGAACUCUGGGCUUACUGGUGGAGAACUGUGGAAGAGUGAAUUAUGGAAAAACCCUGGAUGAACAGCGCAAAGGUCUUGUUGGCGAUAUUCUGCUAAACGAGCACACCCUCCGAGACUUCAGUAUUCACAGUCUGGAUAUGAAGCCUGCCUUUGUAAACAGACUGAAGAGUGCAGGUCACUGGAUGUCCAUGCGCCAUCAGCCCUCCUUCCCAGGGUUUUUCCACAGCAGACUCUAUGUGAAUGGCUCACCUCAAGACACCUUCAUCAAACUCCCUGGUUGGAGCAAAGCUGUUGUGUUCAUCAAUGGCAAGAAUCUGGGACGUUACUGGUCCACUGGUCCUCAGCAAACUCUCUAUGUCCCAGGACCCUGGCUUCACAGGGGUGACAACCAGGUCAUAGUGUUUGAAGAGCAGGAAACAGAUGGUAAGAUCCAGUUCGCCAGCAGUCCAGACUAUGGCAUGACUAUUGAUGUCCAGUGAGGAGAACAAGAGGGAAGGGUGGAUUAAGAGAGGAAGAGGGAGGAGGAUGGGAGGAUAGCGUGGGAGGACACGACCGCUGUAAGCUGCAGUGACGCCUUGCUGCAACUCAAAACCACUCAAGACUGACACGUCAGUGAGCACGACAUCAGCAAUGCAGCUGUGUAACCAACUUCCUCACAGCAGUUUCUCAUUACUGAGUGUGUUUGCAGAUUUGUUUUUAAUUUAUUUUCUUAACAGCUUUAACCUUAAACCCUGAAACGUAAUUGGAGAUCAAGAAACGGAAGGAGAGUGAACUUGAUUAUAAUAAAUGUUCUUCCUCUGAAAGACUUAAUUUAUUGCUUGCAUCCAGACUAUAUAAAAACAAUGUGUGAAUAAAGAGUUGUUUGACCUCUCUGCCACUAACCAAGGCCGAGGAAACUA